UGCCCGCAGCACCCGCGCCUGCCCUCGGCUGCCAGUCCCGCGGCGCGUCGUGACCAUGGCCAUCGCCCACCUGGCCACGGAGUAUGUGUUCUCGGACUUCUUGCUGAAGGAGCCCACCGAGCCCAAAUUCAAGCUGCGGCUGGAGCUAGCGGUGGACAAGAUGGUCACUUGCAUCGCCGUGGGUCUGCCUCUGCUGCUCAUAUCGCUGGCCUUCGCUCAGGAGAUCUCCAUCGGUACCCAGAUAAGCUGCUUCUCCCCAAGUUCUUUCUCCUGGCGACAGGCUGCCUUCGUGGAUUCAUACUGCUGGGCGGCCGUACAGCAGAAGAGCUCCCUGCAGAGCGAGUCCGGAAGCCUCCCACUGUGGCUGCACAAGUUCUUCCCGUACAUCCUGCUGCUCUUUGCCAUACUCCUGUACCUGCCCACGCUGUUCUGGCGCUUCGCAGCGGCUCCCCAUCUCUGCUCAGACCUGAAGUUUAUCAUGGAAGAACUUGACAAAGUCUACAACCGUGCCAUCAAGGCUGCCAAGAGCGCUCGGGACUUGGACCUGAGAGAUGGACCUGGACCGCCAGGAGUGAAUGAGAAUGUGGGACAAAGUCUGUGGGAGAUAUCUGAAAGCCACUUCAAGUACCCAAUCGUGGAGCAGUACUUGAAGACGAAGAAGAACUCUAAUCAUUUAAUCGUGAAAUACAUUAGCUGCCGACUGGUGACUUUUGUCGUCAUACUGCUGGCAUGUAUCUACUUGAGCUAUUACUUCAGCCUCUCCUCACUCUCUGACGAGUUUCUGUGCAGCAUCAAAUCGGGCGUCCUGAGAAAUGACAGCAGCAUUCCCGACCGCUUCCAGUGCAAGCUCAUUGCUGUCGGCAUCUUCCAGCUGCUCAGCUUCAUUAACCUCAUAGUGUAUGCUCUGCUGGCUCCCGUGGUCAUCUACACGCUGUUCGUCCCGUUCCGGCAGAAGACAGAUGUUCUCAAAGUCUAUGAAAUCCUGCCGACCUUUGAUGUUCUACAUUUCAGAUCUGAAGGCUACAAUGACUUGAGCCUCUACAACCUUUUUCUGGAAGAGAACAUAAGUGAGCUCAAAUCAUACAAGUGUCUUAAGGUGCUGGAGAACAUUAAAAGCAACGGGCAGGGCAUCGACCCCAUGCUGCUCCUGACCAACCUAGGCAUGAUCAAGAUGGACGUCAUUGAUGGAAAAACUCCCAUGUCCUCGGAGAUCAAGGGAGAGGACCAGAGGAGCCGGACGGGGGAGUUCAAAGAUUUGGACCUGAGCAGUGAUACUACAACAAAUAAUGGAGAGAAGAACUCUCGACAGAGACUUCUGAAUUCAUCUUGCUAAUGGUUUCGUUCUUGAACUUCAAGUCCGUGACUUCUGUAGCUGUUGGGUCUGUGGUUAGUUCGCAGUAAAUGUUUUUGGUAGUGAUAUGGUGUGUGUCUUACCAGUCUCGAAUAGACAUAAUGGCCAGUAGUGUCAUAGAAGAGUGGGUUAGGAAUGUCCCACAGACAAAGUAUGGAAAUGAGUAAGUGGGCUUUGUUUGAAGCCCUCAUUGAAGGGCAAUUAAGAGCACUGAGCCUUCUAGAGAAACACCAUUUUGGACUGAUGGUGUUGGGAGACCUGGAGCUUCCAGAGAGCAAGCACUUUGAGGGAUGUCUUAUUUUAUGAGAUAAUAAUAAACAUGCCAGGAUAUAAUUUAAUAAUGCCCUUUGUGUGUCCUUACUAAGGCUGUUGAACAAGAAAAGCAUUCACUGGCCUUCCGGCAAGGUUGGCCUGUGCAUGGAAGCAUCCUAAAUUGGGUGUGACCUGGUGUCUCGGCUCUUGUACUUGCGAACUCUCCUGUCACUUGCCAGCCUCAGCUAAUUGUUGUCCUCUAACCACUGCUCACUGCCCUGUGCCCUCUGCAAGGGCAGCAGGCUGAGGCAGUGCCGACCGAACGCAGCUAAGGAGGCAGAGUUGUAGUGUGUCAGCUCACGCCGUGGUGACUCUUGGAAGGAAGGCCUCAGAAAUAGCCUAGUGGGAAAUCUGAAUUUAGAGGUCAUUGGUAGAUGCCAUCAAGACAUCUGAGACAGGAGAACAGCAUUUUACUGAAGCGCAUUGACAGACACAGGGAGGGGCACUUUGCCCAAUGGGAGCCGAACACGGAGCUGACACCAGAGUGACCUUUGCCAUGCGUUUGGAGACAGAUUGUUUAUAUUUAAGCACAACUUUCUAAAUUGCAGAUUAAUUUACAGAAUUGAGUUUAUUUGAGAAGAACAUUCUAGCAUUGAUAAGAAUUACAGAAUAGAUUAUACACAUGGGUAGUUAAGAAAGAUAUAAGCACUGCUUUGUAAACAGGUUGACUUUUUGUGACAUGUUCUCGCUUUGUAGCUCAUGGUCUGCCCUUGGAAUUACAUCAAUCUUCCUCGCUCAGCCUCCUUAGUGUAGGGAUCACAGGUGUGAGUCAUGAGGCCUGGCUUUAUAAACAUGCGUGCUGACUUAGAAAUCGUUAAAGCCUGUUCACAUUCUGACCAUGUGAACAUGCUGUCCAUUCACACUUUAUAUAAAAGAAAGCUCUUUAGUCUGCAGAGCUGCCCAUUUUUAACACAUUGUUUACAUAAAAGUCCUCAGGAACCACCCAGUUUACUUUUGGCCAGUCUGAGGGACAAUUGUUUACUUAAUCUAAUUGCUUUAUGGUGAAGUGAGAAGUUACAUUGGCUGUCUGCCUUUGGGAAUGUACAGAGAAGCAGAUUUUGCUUGUACUUCCGUGGCAGUUUCUGAGUUGGAAAGCUCAUAUAAAUAUCAAGAGUGUACUGGGUGCUGUGAACGGCACUGUUCCAGGAUUCGUCUUUCUGUUGAGUUAGAGUAUGACUGUGACAUGGUAACUAAGGAACUGAUUUCAUACAUUUUUAUAUUGUUGUGUUGGAGACAUUUCAUUACAAUUCUCUACAGUAUGUCUGUGGGU